GCAUUCUUACCGGACGCCUCUGCUGGGGUCCUGAGAGUAAACCUUGCCGCGGUGCAUUUUGGGUCUUUCCUUUCCAACCUGGGUUCUCUUCAGCCAACAUGGGAAAGUGUCGUGGUCUGCGCACAGCCAGGAAGCUCCGCAAUCACCGCCGUGAGCAGAAAUGGCACGAUAAACAGUACAAGAAGGCCCAUCUGGGCACUGCCCUCAAGGCCAAUCCCUUCGGGGGAGCUUCUCACGCCAAAGGCAUCGUCCUGGAAAAAGUAGGUGUGGAGGCCAAGCAGCCCAACUCUGCUAUCAGAAAAUGCGUGAGGGUUCAGCUCAUCAAGAACGGCAAGAAGAUCACCGCCUUUGUCCCCAACGACGGCUGCCUCAACUACAUCGAGGAGAACGACGAGGUUCUGGUGGCAGGUUUUGGCCGUAAAGGUCAUGCCGUGGGUGACAUUCCUGGAGUUCGCUUCAAGGUGGUCAAGGUGGCCAACGUGUCCCUGCUGGCGCUCUACAAAGGCAAGAAGGAGAGACCCAGGUCGUAAACUGUCGAGGUUAAAAUAAAACAUGUUCAAUGAA